GGCAGAAGACAGGGGUCAGUGCUGGCAGGGCAGAGGACAGGGUCAUUGCUGGUAGGGCAGAGGACAGGGGUCACUGCUGGUAGGGCAGAGAACAGGGGUCAUUGGUGGCAGGGCAGAGGACAGGGGUCACUGCUGAUAGGGCAGAGGAGAGGGGUCAUUGGUGGCAGGGCAGAGGACAGGUGUCACUGCUGGUAAGGGCAGAGGACAGGGGUCACUG